CGUUUUCACGCGAGAUUACAGGUAGCGCUUGUCUGUUAUCUGCGGAGAGGAAAAAAGGAGGGGAGUCACCACAGCUACAGCGUACUGUUGUAUAAGAAAAAUGUUAAUGUUAAACCAGCAAGAGUGCAUUAGGACGGCGGUGCAAGAUAUCUGAAGAAUUCACUUUGGCAGAGGAAAAGCGCCUAAUUAAUUUUGGUCGCAAGUGGAACCGUCAGCAAGGCGGAACAGUGCCGCGCAAUCCGAAGAAAAGAAAAACAGCGGCCUAUUUUUGUUCGGAAGGGUUGACUGGUUGAGUGUACAUGCCAGCACCGAUACUGCAGCUUGGUUCGUGGAAAUGCUUGGAAAAUGUUGUUUAUUUUAAGGAUUGGCCUCUGCAGACUUGCCGGUGAAUUACAAUUGUGAGAGCUUUUAUGGGAUGAGCCACUGAACGAAUCAGAGGGAGAAGCGGCCCUGUUUGUUUCUGCAGCAGCACCGCCAUGAGAGUCGGCGACAGCAGUGGACAAUAAACACAUUUUUUAAAAACACAUUAUUAACCCCUUUCGCGAUUGUCUGAAUGCAUUUGAACAACGUGGACCUAUGGAAUGGAAAAACUCACAAGUCGUUCCCUAGAAAGCAAAUCAGACUUUUGAGAGCCAGGAUCUUGCGAUAAGUGAACUGAUUCGAGAGCUCUGCUGGGAUUUUUCUUUGGCUGUCCAAGCUAGCCGAGGGAAUCGAGCGUUGAGACGUUGAGAGCGUAGGGCCACCAACCGUUACAACCUCACAGAUUGCUAACAUGGAAGUUCCGUUCUAAGGAAAUAUUUGUAGAUUAGUUUUGGAUUAAAUAAUUCACGCGCACAAGGUUGCAGCAGCCCAGUUUUACAUUUGUUUUUUUUUGUUACAUGCGCGCGCAAAACUACGAGCGAACAUGUUUUUCUGGCCGUUUUUCGUGCCGUGGAGAAGAGGAAAGAGCUAAAGCCGCGAUGGAGCCGCGCCGCUGUGCUUCCCUUCCUUACGUUUGAAAGCGGGGCUCGCUGUGUGCGGCGAUUGGAUUGAAUUGACAGCCCGGGAGGGCUUCAUCAUCAUCAUCAUUAACCCGCGUUUGGCCGUUCGCGGAGGGGGUGGGGCGUAAACCGCUCUGCUGCCUGCAGGUUUUGUGCUAUUUUUAAUUUUUAAACAAUUCUAUCCCCAAGUCAUCUGGCGCUGCUUGGGUUUCUUUUUUACCUCAUGUAUCACCCGGAGACUCUUUGGGAUCUAUGGUUAGACUAAAAGCAUCAGCACUGUGCAGUUAUUUUUCAAGAAAGUAAUAACUGCCAAAGGAUUUAUUUUGGGCUGGAUUUCUUUCUUUAAAAAAAAACAAAACAUUUCCAGAACUGGAUCCAUCCGGCGGGAAGUUGCUGAGAUGAACCCGGUGAAUGCCACCGCUCUUUACGUGUCAGCUUGUCGUUCGGUGCUGCAGUGCGAUCCGAGGGACCCACAGUCGUUUGCGGAGCUUUACAAGCUCUUCCCUUUCUUCAGGCAGUCUCUGUCAUGCCUUGUUUGUGGGAACUUGCUGCAAGAUCCGAUAGCUCCAACUAACUCCACCUGUCAGCAUUAUGUAUGCAAAGCCUGUAAGGGCAAAAAGAUGAUGAUGAAACCAUCUUGCAGUUGGUGUAAGGAUUAUGAACAAUUUGAGGAAAAUAAGCAACUUUGCAUUUUAGUUAGUUGUUACCGGAAACUCUGUGAAUACAUUGCCGAAUCUCCUCUAGCUCCGCACAUUGCUAGUGCUGUUGGAGGUUCUCCGGAUAUUUUGGGAAUGCUAAAAGAAGGCCUGUUCUGUGAGGAUGAACAAGAAGAUUCCCAGGUAGCUGUCUCACUUUGUUUGUCACAUUCCCCAAUCCCUUCCACCUCGGAGCACCAUGGCAGCUCACAGUUGGAAGCUCUGCCUGAUGAAGCAGCUGAUAUGGAAAUCGGUAUGCCUGGUAUUAAUGGAUUACAUGACUGUAACGGGCUCUCAGUGGAUGAGCUUGCUGCUAGCCUUCCCACCUCUGAAAAUGCAACGACCACCAUUGAUGUCUGCAGCACAGGAGAGGAUCUUAAAAGUCAAACAUUUCCAGAUGACUUGCCACCAGUGUGUGAAGCUGUCACCUCUGGGGACCUCUGCACUGAUGGCAUCGAUAUCUGUAGCUUUAGCGAGGACAUGAAACACAAUAAUGACCCACUACUGCUGACUGUUGAGGAGGUGUUGCGUAGUUUGGAGCCAGACACAGAGGGGGAAGAUUGCAGUGAUGUUUUGACACCAAAUCUGGAAGCUACAGGUUCUUUGAAUGGACCUUUUACUGACUCCAAGCUGCCAUCUCUACCUUUGGACUCUGCAGCCUUUAUUUCUUGUCAUCCCCAACCUUCAUCAGGUAUCUCCUGUUCUGCAGCCACACCCAAAGUGGUUCGGUUGAACCGUAAACGGUCUCGCUCUGAAAGUGACAGUGAAAAGAUCCUGCCUUUGCCCAUUUCCACAAUUAUACGAGGGCCCCCUUUGGCGGCGGCAGCACCGGUGACAAUUAAGAGAGAACUGAAGAUUCCAGUUCAGGCGGUUGCUACUGUGCCAAAUGGGGGUACCCCUAAAAUUAGCAAAACUUUGUUGGUAUCAAGUAAGAGUAUUAAAAAGAGUGCUGACCAUGGGGCCAAGAAAGCCUACUCCAAGUCUAAACAAGGGGUUCCCAAGACCAAGGACAAAAUAAAAGACCGUCUCCCCACUAAUAACUUAAUGCCAGGGAGCCCCACCAAAGUUGUGUACAAAAAGCCCCAGGAAAAAAAGGGAUGCAAGUGUGGCCGGGCCACUCAAAAUCCAAGUGUUCUUACGUGUCGUGGCCAACGGUGUCCAUGUUACUCCAAUCGUAAAGCCUGUUUGGACUGUAUUUGUCGGGGAUGUCAGAACUCUUACAUGGCUAAUGGUGAGAAAAAGUUGGAGGCCUUCGCUGUACCAGAAAAGGCCUUGGAGCAAACCCGUCUCACCCUGGGUAUCAAUGUCACUAGCAUUGCAGUGCGGAAUGCAAGCACAAGCACCAGCGUCCUCAAUGUCACUGCAGGUUCCCCUCUCCCUGCAUUCUUAGCUGCCAGCCCGCAUGAUGACAAAAGCUUUGAAGAGACUCUCGAUAUGAGGUUUGACUGCUGAACUCUAUCCAUGUGCUCUCCCCUCUUUUAACAAUGUGACUGGAUAGGGAGAUGUCACUACACUUUUAAGGCAGCUAUGGUUCUGUUCUAGUUUAGUUUCAAAAUAAAACUAAAAAAUAUAUAUCUAUAUAUAUAUAUAUAAAAAUAUUGCCAAAGCACCUGCCUAUAAAUCUCUUGUACAAAAUGGUCCCAUCAUAUAUACUUUAGGCCAUUAGAAAGGGAACUACAUUGUCAUCAUGUUAAAGUCUACAAGUGAUUUAUACAAAAUAGUCUUUGGCAAGUGAAACUUGACCUCAUUGUUGUUGGUCAUGCUCUGUGCAUAAUCAUAAAAGGUUCAGGUAACAAAAAACAAAACAAAGGUACCUGCUCUGUCAGUGGAGAUUGGUUGUGUUUAUAACCUUUUUGUAUACUAGAUAACUAAAUCCAGAAAAGAUUUCCGACUUAACAUCACUUUCCGAGUUUACAGUAUUGGUUGGAUGUCACCUUACAAAGUAUUGUCUAUCGGAGGCAGGCUGCUGUUCUACAGGUGCAAGGCAGUGUAAUGCAGUAUGUACAGUUUGUCCAAAAUUCUGUUCCAGUCUUGUUUGUGCUAGUUUUUGCUGUCUCUGAAAACUGUUGUGUCCUGUCUUUUUAAACUUUCAUUUGGACGUUUUUCCCUUAAAUUGUAACUGAAUUGUAAUAAGCUACUGCUUUCCUAUUUUCCUUCUGUGGAUAAGCAAAAUAAGCUGGAGAGGAGGGAAGCGUUUUAAGAACGUAGCCAGCCAUAGGCCAAAUGUUGGGUUUCAAGUUGAGUCUCCAGACGGACUGAGAUGAGGCCACUCUCUCAAAGAGAGAACAUUUGGCUAAUCUGCACUUGAUGUUGGAAAGGACCAUACUUUAAGCACUUAUUAUGAUUCGAAAGUUCAUACUACUUGAUUUAUCAUAGCAAUAUUAUAAAAAGUCAUAUGCACAUGUGUUUUUAAAUUAAUUUCGAUCAAGAUAGGAUAACCUAAAGCAAAUAAUUGGUGCAGUUCCUAAUAGGUGGCUGCCUUCCCCAUGCUCCAUUUUAACAUUAUUGGCUCAUGAAACGUUGUUUCCAGUCUUCUGAUGGCACGGAGAGAGUAAAACUUACACAGGACAUCAGGGCCGCUCACGAGAUACUGGCAGGGUUUUUUUCCACAGAACCAGUCCCUCCAAAGAAACCUUUUUUGUUUGUAAAUGUUUGAAGGAUUUCUGCCUUAUUUAUUUUAUACUUCAAUUUUUCUUAACAUUCAGAUCCAAAACCUUUUUGAUUUAGCACACAGCAUGCACGGUGACAGUUAUUAACCUAGUGUACAGAUAAAAUGAAUGUGCAGGUUAUUCUAUCAGACAGAUCCCACGGCGCCUUCUGUUUUAUAGUUUUACCUGGUAUCAUUUCCUGUGACUGUGGUCAGGUAGUGUUUUGAAGCCAUAGGAGAAAACAAAAUGUGACUUGUGUCCAGUCUGUACUUUUUUUUUUUUUUUCUUUUCUUUUUUUUGUUCUGUUGUUUUGAUUUGCAAGAAGAGUUGAAAAACUAUUUUUGAUAAUGAGAGUAAAUGGUGGAAAUGC